AUGAUACAGAGCGAUACAGAGAAAACUCUUCAUAGUGGUCAUGCUUCAUGCAAGGUUUCCGUUGCGACUAGUUUCCUGGAUAUAUGGGAAGAAGCUACGGUGUCUAUUGAGAGAGAAGGUUGCAACAUCAAGUGUAAUAACGAUCUCAUAGUUGCAGGAAAGUUCACAGCUUCAACUGAUGUAAAACUUAUGCCUUAA